AUGAAAAAAUUGAACAUUCUUUCGAAAUUUACACCUAAAAUAAAUUAUUCUAUAAUUUCUACCCGAACAACAACAACUCAUUUUGGAUUUCAGGAAGUUGAUGAAAAAGAUAAGGAAAAAAAGGUUCAUACAGUUUUUGCUAAUGUAGCUUCAAAAUAUGAUUUGAUGAAUGAUGCAAUGUCUCUUGGUAUUCAUAGAUUGUGGAAGGAUUAUUUUAUUCAAAGAUUAAAUCCUACUUGUAAUACAAAAAUGUUAGAUGUUGCAGGAGGUACAGGUGAUAUUGCUUUUAGAGCAUUGAAAAUGAUACAGAAAAGAAAUGGUACAGGAAAUGUUACAAUUUUAGAUAUUAAUCAGAAUAUGUUGGAUGUUGGCAAAAUGAGAGCUGAAAAGGAUGAAUCAUUGGAUAAAAGUAAAUUGAAGUGGGAAUGUGGAAAUGCUGAAUUGUUACCUUUCGAAGAUAAUACUUUUGAUCUAUAUACUAUCGCCUUUGGUAUUAGGAAUUGUACACAUGUUGAUAAAGUUUUGAGAGAAGCUUAUCGUGUUCUUCGACCAGAUGGAAAAUUGGCUGUUCUUGAGUUUUCACAGAUAGCUAAACCACUUUCACCUUUAUAUGAUUUUUAUAGUUUUAAUAUAAUUCCAGUUCUUGGAGAAAUUCUUGCAUCAGAUUAUAAUAGUUAUAAAUAUCUUGUUGAAAGUAUACGUAAAUUUCCUAAUCAAGAAGAAUUUGCAAAAAUGAUUAAAGAUGAAGGAUUUGAAGAUGUAACAUAUGAAAAUUUAAAUUUAGGUAUAUGUUCAAUUCAUACUGGAAUUAAAAAAAAAUAG